ACAAAAAGGGUGUAACAUUUAAUAAUUUUCCAUAGUGUGUAACAUUUAAUAAUUUUCCAUAGCAUUCAUAUGUCAUUAUCUUCAAUAAUAAAAAUAGAUUGACCAUCCCCAACCUCUUUACUUAUUAACCUCGCUGUUUAAUUCAUACUAGAACCCAGCCAAAAAAAAACAUCAAAACUUUUGUUCUUUUGUUCUUUAACAUAUGGGGAAUUGUCAAGCGGCGGAGGCAGCGACGGUUUUGAUACAUCACCUGGCGGAGAACAAGGUUGAGAGGAUUUACUGGUCGGUGACAGCAAGCGACAUUAUGAGUUCCAAUCCUGGUCAUUACGUUGGGGUGGUGGUGACGUCGCCGACAUUGAGGAGGGAGGAAAGAUCUCCCUUAAAGCAGCUAGAGCUCCUUCGACCAGAUGACACUUUACUCAUCGGACAUGUUUAUCGUCUCGUCAGCUUCGAAGAGGUCUUGAACGAGUUUGCGAGGAAGAAGUGUGUGGAGCUUGGGAAGCUAUUAAAAGGAGGAGGAGGACUUGAGCUAAAGCUAUAUUGUAUAAAUCCUUAA